CCAGUUUUGGUUUAAUUGUCUCAUAAACAAAAACCUGUAUGGUGCAUAAUUCAAGUCUUGAUUUAAUCCGAUACCAUGCCCAACCACCUUAGUUCCUGAUUUAUUUUGUGAUAAAUAUUUUUGUGUAUGAUGAAAAACACAAUAGACUUUUUCCAAAGUUAUCCAUGAAUAUUAUUACCGGUAAAUGAAGUCAAUAAACUGAGGCCAAAGUGAUCUCCAGAUGGGGGUUGCAUGUCAAAGUUGGUGCAGAUGGGCACUUAAGCAUCUUAUUAAUAACUAGCCAAUAUAUUGUUUAAUAGAGCAUGCAGAUGGCUUGCCAAAUGACAAUCUAUCAUGAUCAUAUACCGGUAUGUGUACUAGUUUGGCAAUUUUAAAGACACAGUUUAGACUAUGAGGUAAAAUUGGGCUGGAAUAGCUGCAAUAAAGUAGCACUCUCCCUUUUUUCCCUCCAAAAAACGUCAGAUAAAAAAAAAGAGGCCUACAUUAUUGCAGCAAGGUACGGAUGGCUUGGGGUUUGCAAGAUUCAAUUUUGUUUCCAAAUACUACAUUUCGUUAUUACUCUGUUGUAUAUACAUUUGCUAUAGGUGGUUAACAACUGUUAUAUGAUUGCCAAAUCUAAUUAAUCUAUAUAUGACUUUGAUUUAAAGGGACUUGGACACGAUUUUAGAUCAAAACUUUCUAUUCUUUUUUUAUGUAUAAAAUGGUUUACUUGCUCAUUUUGAAUGAUUGAUUAAAAUUUGAAUGUUAAAAGUCAAGUUACAAGAGAGAUACAGAGGAAAGAAAUCAUUGUUAUGUAAACAAAGCUCGAGUCUUAUAUUCAUUUACACAUAAUGUAAAGUAUGGAAUUACCAUUUUUUGACCAAAUGACUCGUGGCAAACAGGGUAAACUGAUUCAAUGUGCUCAUAGAUAAUAUGAUAAACAGAAAAAAACAACGUUUGAUUGAGACUUAUACCAAUAAAACACAUAUGUAAACAAUAAAAAAGCUUAGGCUUUGUUUACAAAACAAAGAUUUUCAAACUGUGUAUCCUGCUUAUAACUCAAUAUUUGACUUUCAAAUUUUGACAAAGCAUUUAAAGUACCCACUGGCAUAUUAAACAUUCUAAACAUUAAAAUUGGAAAAAUAAAAUUUCAAAUUUUGAGCUCAAAUCGUGUCCAAGUCCCUCUAAGAAAUGAAUAUGAGUCAUUUAAUACAGGUCUCUGUUUUAAAAAAAAAAUUAUUUGUUGGCCUCUAAAUCUUUUAUUUCUCCAUUUAUAAUCAUUGGAUUGCAUCUUUUAAUCUUUCAUUACACAAUCACUUUACCACACAAUCAUAAGCUCAUAUUAUUUUCUAACAGAUUAGGUUUUUAAAAUUUAUGUGAAGAUAACUAGAAGGAUGAUUAAAAUAUGAAGUCACAAAUACCAUACAAGAUUGCAUUAAAAAAAAAAUUCAGCUUCAAUUUGAAAUUCAGCAAGUUCCAAAAAAUAAUGUAAUUUGUUAAAUUGAGGAAUAAUUAGCCAAUAAGAAAGCAAUAGUUGAAGAAUUUUUUUUGAAGUUGUUGCUAUUUUGGUCAAUCCCUGUGUGGCCUAGCUGUACAUGUAUCAAUACAUCAGACUCUGAUAAACUCCAUCCAGCAGUAGGUGUGUAUUGAUUGGAUGGAGCCCUGAAUCCAAUGUCUGCCUCGGAAGGUUACGAGGCUGCCAUGAUGUAAGGAACCGUCAUCUACGCACUUAUUCAGGUACAGGUAACAAAAUGGGUUAAACAACCACCAAAGUCAUCCAAGGAAGUGGCCUGGUCGCCAUGACAACAUCAGCAGCAGAAGAUCUGCUCCAGGCCAAUCAGGUUGUCAAGGAGAGAUGGAAAGUGGUUCGGAAAAUUGGUGGUGGUGGUUUCGGGGAGAUUUACGAGGGCAUCGACCAAGUGACCAAAGAAUCUGUAGCUCUCAAGUUAGAGUCAGCCAAACAAGCCAAACAGGUCCUCAAGAUGGAAGUUGCUGUCCUUAAAAAAUUGCAGGGACAAGAUCACGUCUGCAGAUUUAUUGGGUGUGGCCGCAAUGAAAAAUACAAUUAUGUUGUCAUGACCCUUCAGGGUAAAAACUUGGCGGAGUUGAGGCGGAGUCAAUCCCGGGGGUGCUUCUCCCUCAGUACCACCCUCAGGCUUGGGGCCCAGAUUCUGAAGGCCAUAGAAUCCAUUCAUGAAGUUGGAUUUCUGCACAGAGAUGUGAAGCCAUCCAACUUUGCUAUGGGUAGACUCCCUAAGGACAGCAAGAAAGUGUUCAUGCUGGACUUUGGAUUGGCCAGACAAUACACCACCCCUAGUGGAGAAGUGAGACCCCCCAGAGCUGCUGCAGGCUUCCGAGGGACAGUGAGAUAUGCUUCUGUAAAUGCCCACAAAAACAAGGAAAUGGGGAGACAUGAUGAUCUGUGGUCCCUGUUUUACAUGCUGGUAGAAUUCCUGGCCGGUCAGCUACCCUGGAGGAAAAUCAAGGACAAGGAACAGGUGGGCCAGAAGAAGGAGGAGUAUGACCACACACAGAUGCUGAAGAACAUGCCUCCCGAGUUUAAGACCUUCCUGGAACACAUAGAGUCCCUGGAAUAUCUGGAUAAGCCGGAUUAUUCACUCAUGCACAACUUGUUUGAGCAGUGUAUCCGACGGAAGGGGAUAAAGGAUAGCGAUCCGUACGACUGGGAGAAGAUUUACACGGAUUCAGUGGCUACCACCACUACCACCUCACCGCCAAUAGGAAUGAAGGCCACCACCGGAUUAGGUUUGCAUGGAGCUACAGAAGUCAUUGAUGAAAUUAUGAGUGAUGAAGAGAAUAAAGAUGAAAAGAAGCUGAAGGAUGCAGAGCUCAUCAUUGACAAUAAGCAUGUGAAGGACCUGGACAAUCGAUAUCGAGAGGAACAGGGUGACAUUGUUCUUCUCAAGCGCGAUGACCCUAAUCUACGCGUGGAUGAAAAACAUCAGGUGGAACAGAUGGUGAAAGAGGAAACCGUGGAAAAUGUGGCCGUGGAAGCAGAAAACGAACCAAAUGAUAAAGUUGUUGAUGAAGCAAAGAAUGAAGAGGUGAAGGACAUAGUUGUUAAGCCUGCAGUGACCUCACCAACUAAAUCCUCACUGAAAACUGUAGAUUCUAGUAUUCUGAAACUCAGGAACUCUCAAAACAGUGUUCCAGAAAGUGCAUUUAAACCCAUUAAAGAAUCAGUGUCUUUUGGUGAUGUUAAGUCCAUUGAUUCAAAACAGAAAGAUGGAGGUUCAAACUUCAAAGCUGAGAGGAGAGUGUCAAUUCAAAACUUUGCUGAAGUUGUAGAGGAGAACGGAGUUCUAAAUAAGUGCAAUAAUGACCCUGAUCAACUGGUGAGUCGAGCGCCAUUGACAUUUGCUAUGAUGCAGACGGAUGAGAAAACGCCAGAUGAUCAUCUUGAUGAAAACGCUACAAGAGCGGCUCCUUACACAGUGGCCAGCCAGUGGAAUGCCUCCCAAUUCCCUUCAUCAUCUGAGAGUCAGGCAGAUGAUGAGAGUGAGGGAGAGAUAGGAGGAGGAGGAGUCAAAUCUAAAUCUCAAAUGAAGAAAUCUAAACGAUUUCAACAUAACACCCUUAUGGAUGAGGAGGAUAUGAAAAUGGACAGUGUUUUGAGGAAUUCCCUCGUUUUGGCUGAUGCUGAUGGUCAAGAUUGUCUUCGAAAUUCUCUAGUGUUUUUAGGGGAUGAUAGUGCUGCUCUGUCUGCUAAUGAAUCUGACAAUGAUAAAAAGCAUGGAGCAAAAAGUAAAUCCGGUUCUUUUGCUGAAAAAUCAAAACAGCAAGAAAAGUCUGCAGCAACCAGUAGUAUACCACACAAAAUGAUAGGCCAUAAAAUGCCAGAGAAGCUUGCUAAAGAAAUGGAUAAUCUUAUAUCAUCACCCCUCCGCAAUAGUCCCACCAAAAAUCUAUUUAAGCCUAAAGAAAGUUUAACUGAUCUUAAGAAAUUGGCUCAACUUAGUCACAUUAAACCAAUCACCUCAAAGCCUCCACCACCCCAACCUGUGACAACAAAAAGGGACUCAGGUUCUUCUGUGGACAAGCCUACUCUUGUCAAACCGGCUCUCAAGCCUAAGCCGAAACAGCUGCCCAAUCUGAGAGUGCUUGUAGGAUCAUCUGUAGACAAAAAAGUCAGUGAUGAGGGAAGCUCAGUUGAUGGGGACCUGAAAACAGCAGUCGUGUCCAAUGUGGAUGUGCAAGUGAAAAAAGACACAGAAAAGCAGGGAGAAUUGGAGAGUAAUUCUUCUUUUCUUUCUCAAGACAAGUUUGGUUCAAUGAAUCUGGUGUCAAAUAAACAGUCUUUAAAGCCCUUGGAGGAGAGGGUUACUGUAGCCAAUCCGGGUGCAGUAUCUUUAACUAGUAUAGAAACCUGUGUAGAUAAUAUAGAUAAUAGAUUAAGUAGUGUAGACAAAAAACCUGAAGAUAUUAAAACUUCUCAAAGUGUGUCAGUCACUAAGAGAGAAUUGCCUUUGCCAGCUUCACAAAUUCCUAUACGAGUUGAUAAACUGGCAAAACACUCAACGACAAAUUCUGCUGGUGUUGCUAAGCAGACAACAGAGACUACAGCUACAGAUAAGUUGGAUUUCCCUGGGGUCAAAAACGCCAAAACUGAUGCCAGUACAAAUGAUGCUCCUAAAUUAGUGAAACAUGUAGAUAAGAAAUUCUCUGACAAGGACAUACAGAAGGCUGAACUGGAACACUUAAAGACCAGAAAGAAAAUGUCUCCUAUUGUCGAGGAGAGAAAUGGAGAAAUUGCUUCCAAAUCUACGCUCAGUGUUGAGCAGGUGCUUUCCAGUACUAAGUCCACAAGUAGUGAGCCAUCUGUGGGCAAAGAGGAGAAAAUUGAUACCUCUAUAGAUAAAAAUCAAAUAGAAAGGAGACAUUCUCUUAAUAUUGAAAAUAAACCAUCUACUUCAAAUCAGCCAGAGAAAAAAGCAUCAAAAAGUCAAGCUGAAGUGUUAAGAGAAACAAGAGGAUCAACUUCAGUUGAAAAAAGUCCCUCUCUGCUGGAAAAUAGAAUAUCAAACCAGAAAAAUGACCCUGGAAACAAAAAGCCAGUGAGGCGACGUUCCUCGUCAGCUUCUAGAAUUUCUGACCGCACUGCCAAUGAACUUCGUGAGGCUUUGGCUGCUGUAACCCCCACACCACCAGACAAUGACCCCUCAAAGGUUCCUAAACCUCCUCCUGGUGCUGCUCCCAAAAAUACAGUGUUGUUGAAUGCAAGGAGACGCCGAUACAAAAUGGCUUCUACCAAUACAAGUCCGAGAGAACCGUCUUCACCACGGGCGCACAGUGAAAUUCCAAUUCUGAAAAGCAAGCCUGCUUGGAAAUAAAUCUUAGAUCCUUAAAUAAAUACACACUAACACACCAGCCAUCAUCCACCCUUCAUUUUAUGGAAAAUGUUUGAUCUCUGUGCCAUACCAUGGGAAAUGCUGCUAUAGUAGAAGCAAGAGGAGAUAACUGCUUUAUUUUCUCACGAAAUCAGUUUGGCAAUGUAGCAAUAUUGGUGACUGCAUAAUAUAAUGCAAUAGGGAUCUGUCUGCGAUCUGCAAUAUUUGCGGUGAUCUGCUAUAUAACACUAGGUCUCUUGUGCACUUAUUUUUUUGCCCUUGAAAUGGAACCGUCAAAAGUAUGCGCCUUGCUUGAAAAAUAAUUGCUUUUAGUCAUAACUGCAAAGUAUUUGAACUAACAGUCAUUUAAUAUGAUACUCAAAGAUUAUGUCAGUGUAAUUUCAUCUCAAAAGCAUACAGGUAUUCUCAAUUUGACACUAAGAUGCAGGUGGAAAAAAAAUAAAAAACCGAUCAGUCGUUGAUGCACAACUGUGAAGGUGUUCAACAUUUGUUACUCAAAGAUGGUUGCUUUCAUGUAAAUGUAUUGAUAUAUGUUGAUAUUUACAAUGAAUGACCAUUGCCACUGUUUAUUGGUGCAUUUUUGCUGUGUGAAGCCUGUACUGUGAAACUUAGUUAUAUUGUGUUGACUGUAACAGUGAGACUGUAAACUACGACCCGGUACUUGUGGUUUCAGUGCGCCAUGACAUCUGGGACUGCGAAUGUCUGAAACUCUAUAAUGCAAAGAGAACUACAUGUAGUGCUUGUUAUUUACCUCAAGUGUGUUUAUUUGAGGAGUGUUUAGAUUUACGUAACUUUGAUGUUAUAUUGAGAGUUUUCUCGGAUCUACGUGUUUUAAUUUGCUGUAAGUAAAUGGUGGAUACAUCUCAUUAUUCAAGUACCCAAAUUUUGUGAUAUGUUGUUAGUUAUAUGAAAUCUUUAUUGAUGGUUAAUUUAUUUGACUUUUUGCUGGUUGUCCAAGAAAAGAUAUUAGCAAGAGUGAAUUGUUAUCAUUUGGUGUUUACAUUAAUCUUAACUCGGUACUCGGUGAGUUUUUGAAAAUGAGCCAUGAUUAUAUUAAAGUGUUCAAGACUUCAAGAAAGUUAUCUUGAUCAUAUGCAAUGUUUUAGCAAAAAGUGAAAUUUAGUCAACAAGCUCAAAUGUUAAAUUUAGUACUUUUGGAAGUGUGAUAAAAGGUAAUGAAUUUCAAAUCCAGGUUUCACACUAAGGGUAAGAAUUCAACAUUUAUCAAAAGUUUUUUUUUAUUGACAAAAUUCCUUUCUACUUUUUCCCCCUCCAAAUCUUCAUCCUUGUUGAAUGUUUUGUAACCCAUUAAAUGGGGAGGUUUUUGCAUUUAUGUGUAUUAUCAUUAAUAUGUACUUAACACAUUUUAUCAAUCAAAGUUUUUUUUCUGUUACUGUAUUAUUAAAGUGCUUAGAAAUAGUGUACUGUACCUUUGAGAUGGGAGAAAAAUGCUGAAUGUUGAUUUGAGUGCAUGCAUGGUUUGUAAAGAAUGCAAGUCAUUAUAAACAAAAUUAAACAAUAAUAAUAAAGUAAGUUAAAAUAUA